UGCAGAAUUCUCUCACUGUUCCCCAAUUGAGUCAAGCUAAUCAAUCCAAUCUACCACUUGCGUAAUUAAUCCAACUUGCAUGUAUGUUUCUGUCCAUAAAUACGUUCGAAUUCGGUUUCUGGAGUCUUCACAGCUGUGGAGAGUUGUGUUUGGAUUGUUUUUUUGCGGCAGUCUGUUGAUAGUUGCACUUUUUUGUUGUACGAUUGGGGAUUUGGUGUGAACAUGUGAUGCGUUUGGAAAGUUUUGGUGGUUGUGAGGAAUUGUGUAAUCUCUGGUUUUCUUAAUUAAUUUAUUUAUUUUUAUAAAAUUUGAUAAUUCGCCGACAAAAUUUGAGCUCUGAGGAAUGGCGACGGAGGAGGAGAAGAGCGGCGAUUUUUAUGCGGUUUUGGGAUUGGAAAAAGAAUGCACCGCGGCGGAGCUGAGGAAUGCGUAUAAGAAACUUGCAAUGAAAUGGCAUCCCGAUCGUUGCUCUUCUUCUGGAAAUUCAAAGGAAGCGGCGAAGACAAAAUUUCAAGCCAUACAGCAAGCCUAUUCAGUGCUUUCGGAUUCCAACAAAAGGUUUCUGUACGACUUAGGGGUCUACGACUCUGACGACGAAAAUGAUGAGAAUGGUAUGGGCGAUUUCUUGAACGAAAUGGUGACUAUGAUGAGCCAAAGUAAACAAAAUGAAAACAAAAGCACGAGUUUUGAAGAACUUCAACAAUUGUUCGAGGAUGUAUUCCACAACGACGUUGAUGCAUUCAAUGCAUCUCCUUGCGCUCCCACUUCCUCCAGACAAGAUUCCUUCACCGAGACACAUACGUACUCGAACAAGAGGAACUCGUACCACAUCAGCAGCAGCAUCGAAGCUACACUAUCAGAAGGGUUCUGCACUGGGGAAAACAUCAAGUUGGGACGAGCACCUGAGGAAAGAAUAAAAGGUAACCGUAGGGAUGGCAGGAAACAGAAAGUAUCGUCAGGACAAGAUGUCUCGUCGGGCCAAUACUCAGGUAUAUCAGCUUAAUUGCACUCGAGAUGUAUUGAGCAUUUGGCCUGAUCCUGAUGUUAUCUAUUUUCACCGGUAUUCCCGUCUCAGUUUUACAUUGGUUUUUGGUUCUUUUGGUAAAUGGAACUCAUCACUCUGGCCUUUUUUUAAGUUCUGUAGUAAUUUAUUGUCGAUUAACAUUUUCAGCUGUAGUAAUUUGUUGUUUUGUUUAGAAAAAUUCUAGUUAAUUGUGAUUGAGCCUGUUAUAUUGAAACAACCCCGCGAUGGUAUAAAUUGAAAUAAUCAUCAUCUACUAGUAAAAUGUAGUUACUUUAUUUUAUUUUAUAUUAUUUCAUCGAGCCCCGAAAUUGAGGGGUUCUUCCUGUUGGAAAAAUCUUUUGCAAAAUGUGAAGGUGAACUCGUAGAUCAACGAAGGUUCUUCAGCAUUGGAGAUGUGAAUUGGAAAUAUCAUCUCAUCUCAUGGUUGGCAUUGGCAUUGCCAUUUCGAGGGAGGUUAGUAUUUGUCAAUGUUGUUGAUUCAGAUUUGUUUUCCCGAUCAAGGUUUGAAAUUGAUUUAUGGUUUAUACCUUGUAGUAGGCAAUGCUGUGUACUAACUUGUAACUAUAUAUAUUGAUUGACAAUAUUAAAUAA